CUCACAAUUAAAAAACAUGAAUUUGUUCACAACUUACUCCAAUUAUCUCCUCUAUGGCCUAUGGGGUAUUUUUUUUCCACUUCAAUUUCCUCUUCUUAUAUUGAGGUUUUUUUUGGAACUUUCCCUCUCAUUAUUUCUUUUCCUUCAUCAAAAUUUCUAUGUUUCCAAACAGUCUUCACUUUCCUCGACACAAAACAAGAAAAAAAAAAUGGAGUAUUGGUCAACAAUGGCUUCUCUAUUAGGCCUCAUAGCGUUUCUUCAAUCUCUCUUCCCUCCAAUCCUCACCUUCUCCACUGCCAUUUUCUCUUCCUUCUCUUCCUACAUCUACUUCGACAUUCCAGACAUCGACGGCUUCAACACUAACGAACUCUACACCGCCGUCCAACUCUACCUAACCUCCUCCCUCUCCGCCGCCUCCGCCAACCCCACCACUCGCCUCAGCCUUACCCGACCACUCAAUUCCACCGCCCUCACUUUCACCCUUCAAAACAACGCCUCCAUCUCCGACGAAUUCAACGGCGUCUCCCUCCAAUGGCACCACAUUGUCACACCAAGACAAUUACACAACACAUUCCCCUGGCGAAUAUUUCCAGAACACAAAAGAAAAUUCACACUCAAAUUCAAAAAACAACACAAAUCCUUAAUUCUCAACUCCUAUUUCGAUCACAUUCUCGAAAAAGCUAACGAACUUCGUCGCAGAAAUCAAGAUCGGUACCUUUUUACGAAUCCUCGUGGUGGCGGCGAUUCGUUAAGAGGUUGUAAUAAUCCAUGGGUGGCAGUUCCAUUCAAGCAUCCAAGCACAUUCGAAACACUUGCUAUUGAUCCAAUCAAGAAACAAGAAAUUAUGGAAGAUCUUCAAGAUUUUGCUAAAAACGGGAAAUUGUUUUACCAACGAACAGGACGUGCUUGGAACAGAGGUUACCUUUUGUACGGACCACCAGGAACGGGGAAAUCAAGUCUAAUUGCAGCGAUGGCGAAUUUUCUCGGCUUCGACAUGUAUGAUCUUGAAUUAACAGAAGUUCAGAACAAUUCAGAGCUUAAAACACUUCUAAUGAAGACGACGGCGAAAUCGAUUGUUGUAAUCGAAGAUAUUGACUGUUCACUCAAUCUCUCGAAUCGGAAGAACUCGAGGAAUGAUUCAAUUACGCUUUCUGGUUUGUUGAAUUUCAUAGAUGGAUUGUGGUCAUGUUGUGGAAGUGAGAAGAUCUUCGUGUUUACGACGAAUCAUAUCGAGAAGCUGGAUCCGGCACUGGUGAGGAGUGGGAGAAUGGAUAUGCAUAUUUUCAUGAGUUUUUGUUCAUUCGCAGCGUUGAAGAUUCUUCUGAGAAAUUAUUUAGAUUGGGAUGAAGAAGAAGAAGAUUGGGAUGGCAGUGUUUUGAAGGAAAUGGAACAGAGUAUUGAGAAAGCAGAGAUGAGUGCUGCUGAUAUUUGUGAGAUUUUGAUUAAGAACAGGAGGGAGAAGGGAAGAGCAAUGAGAAGGGUUUUGGAAGCUUUGAAAAUGAGGGGGAAGAAGAAGGUAGCCAUUAAUGGAGCUUCAAGGAAGGAAGAUCAAAAUGAAGAAUGUGAAAAGAAAGGAUUGAAGGAUACUCUUAAACUUUAGCUUAAUGAGAAUAUUUGUGAGUGAUUAGAGAUUCUAAAUUGUUUUUUUUUUUUUUUUUCCUUCUUUAGGUUUUCUAGUGAUUUGUUGUAUUGGUGGUUGGAGUGAUUUUUUUUUUAGUGUGGUUUUGUAAGGUUUGGUACUUAAGUUUGAGUUAAUGUGUUAGUUAUUAGAAACAUGGGGAAAUGGCACCAAUCACCUCUUUUUUUAAGGUCCAAAAUAGAUGUAGCUUUUAAAAAGAAAUAUUUCUUUUUAACUCAUUCUUCUCGUUCUACAUUCAAGUCGUCAUGGCCAAGGAGGGAGAAUAAAUCUGCAAUUUUUUUCCUCUUCCUUCUUUGUUUUGCAAUUUUUCAUUUUUUUUUUCUGAAUCAAUGAGCGAGAAGAAGAAGUAAAAGUGAGACCAAAAAGCGAAAGGAGGAAGCAAGAGCGAAAUCGAGGAGCACAAGGAAGAAACGAAAAAAAGAAUCUGAACAAAGAAAAAAUCGACAAAAAAUUUGCAAUCGUGGCUGAUGAAGAACAAGAGAUAAAUGGGAAAAAGGAGCAAGAAGCAAGAGGAAGGAGCAAGACUAAAGAGAUAGAGGAAGAAGUGAGAGCGAGACUAGAGAGCACAAGGAAGAGGUGAGAGGAAGAACUCGAACAAAGGAAAAAAUCGAAUAAAAAAUUGCAGUUGUAUCUAAUAAGGAACGAGAGGAAGAAGCGAGAGAAAAGAGUGAGAAACAAGAAGAAGAAGCAAGAGUCAAGUUCUUGCGCGCGUUUUGGGGUCAAAUGAGUACUUUCACAUGUGACUGACGUCAGCAUAAGGUCAUUUUUCAUUCGUUUUUUAACAUUAGGCCAAUUUCAAUUGGAUCCCUAAAAAUAGGUCAUCGGUUCAAAUUUUCCAAACAUUCUUCAACUCAAUCCAUUGACAAAAAAUGAUCAGUAAAUAAAUAAAUGUACAUAUGCAUCCAUCUUUUGCAACAUAUAACAAGUCUCCAACAUGUAAUAGAAAAAAUUCAAAACUUUUUUAGAAAGAAAAUCUGUCAUGUGACAAAUCUAGUUCGACAAUUCCCUGAGUUGCAAAAAGAUGGGGCAACUGAAAGAUGCAUGAGCUUGACAAAAUGUUAGACAAAUUUUUUUUAUUCAACAAUAUCUAGGGUGGAAGAAUUCAAACUUUUCCUUAAGGAUAUAGAUUUAUUUAUUACGAUGAAUAAUAUUAUCCCAUUUUAUAUGACUGAAAAAAAUAUAUAUAAAUUUUGAUAUCGACAUCAAUAUCGAUAUGUCAAUCUUAAUAUAUACUCUCUGAGAUCUACUCAAACAUGAAAAGAAACGAAUACACAGUUUUUUGUAAGAAAAAUGAAAAUUUUGAUACACGUGGAGAUGAUCGACGGAAUUGUUCAUUAGAGGUAGCCCUCGUCGGAGUUGAUCACUAAAGGUGGUCUUCAUCAGAAUUUUCGUUGGAGAUGGUCUUUAUCAUAAUUGUUGUUAGUGGUGGUCUUCUCCAAAAUUAUUGGUCAAAGUUAGUCCUUUGAGGUGAUCAUCGCAGUCGACUAUCAUAGGAGGUCCGCUAAAGUUAAUCAUUAGAGGUGGUCUUCGCUAGAAUUUUCAUCAGAAUCCAAAUUAAUCGAUGAAGAUGAUUGACGAAGUUGGUGGUUGGAGUUGGUUACCUAAAGUGAUUGUCAAAGUUGGGUGCCAAAGAUGUUCCUCGUCCGAGUUGAUCAUUGGAGGUAGUCUUCGCUAAAUUUUUUGUUGAAGGUAGUCUUCAUCAGAGUUGUCAUCGAACUUGAUCGUCAAACUUGACUAUGUGAAGGUGGUCGCCAAAGUAUGUUCCCAAAAUGAGGCAGUGUAGUUCUCGGUAGGUGGAGCUAUGGAAAUAUUUGAGGGAAGAAGAGUUUAGUUUUUUCAAUUGAUUUUAGUUGGUUAUUUUAACCAACUCAACUCUAUCAACAUUUCAAGUUAGUGGGUCAAACAUUGAGUUGGUAAUUUUUACCAACACAACUCAACUCAUGUUGGUGAGCUAAACACUUCAUACUAGUUGGGAAAUAUCAAAAGUAAAUUUGAAAAAAAGUUUGGUACAAAAUUUGGAUUAUAUUUUAUGUUUUCCAAUUCUUGAGUUCAACAAAUAUACGUAUGUUCGAUGAGUUUUUAAAGUUUUUUUCCUAUCCUAUGAUCCAACUAGUGAGAAUUUUGAAAACAUUUUUAUGUUUUCAUUCCAUCUAGAUUUAUUAUUUGAAAAUUUAUAUUGAAAAAGAAAAAACAUAAUGACUUUAAUAAUUAUAGUAUUUGCAUGUUACAUAAUUAAAUAUGUAUAUACAACAUAUUAUAAAUUAUACGAUCCUGUAAAACAAUACUUAUACAAAAU